AUGGACGACCGCAUCUUACUACCCGAAGGCAUGACGGGGGACGCGCACAUCUCAUUCUCGGCAUUGCUGCGCGAGCGGCUGUGGGUGCCCGACUUGUUCUUCCUCCACGCCACCUCCAUCCGCCGGCAGAAGCUGUUCACUCCCAGCGAGGCUCUGCAGGUCUACGCCAACAAGACCAUCUUCCUGUCAUCGCUGUACGUCAAACUUAUGAUGGAGUAUUCUUGCCCUAUGAAGUACACGUCUUAUCCUCUGGACCGGCAAUCCUGCGACAUCAUCAUGGAGAGCAGCGGCUACCCGAAGGAGCGGCUCAACAUCAGCUGGCACCCGGCCGGCGUGCGCCUGCCGUCACAACUCCAUAACCAUCAGUUCUCGGUGUCGAUCAGCAGCGGCUACCACAGCCAGUCAACAUACCCGUCAGGCACGUACUCGGCGGUCGGAUUCCGGCUUAAUCUGCAGCGCAAGGUGCAGUUCUACCUGCUGCAGGCGUACCUGCCGGAGUCGGGCCCACGGGUCAGCUACAUCAAGGCCAUGGAUGUAUGGAUGAUCGGCUGCAUGAUGUUCUGCUUCUGCUGCACCGUUGAAUACGCCGUGAUCAUCAGGUUCGAGCAGAUAACAAACUUUAGUUGCACAGGUCAUCACCAAAACUGGGCCGGACCAGACGGCAGAGACGAAGGAGAGUUCCGUAGCUCCGUCUACACCCUGCCGUGCCAGCGCGACCGGCAUCAAGCAAAUCCAGCCGGCGGGCAGCGCUCAGCGGCCACCAUGCUCGGCUUCGACCGCGCCAUGGCCGACCCAGACAUGGCCGAGGUGGUGGCUGAGUCGGAGCGCCUGGGCGGCGAGACGAGGGGCGUCUGGGGCUGA